AUCGAGUGCUCCAGCAUCUCCGACUACGCUGUCAAAAUCGUCAAAGCCAACAAGCUGGACCAUGGUGCUACCCCCGACGGACUCAUCUUCCCUGACCGGGCCACCCUGUACGUCACGGCCAUUGAGGACCGGCAGUACAAGGACUACAAGAUCCACUGGUGGGAGAACGUCUACGGCUUCGACAUGUCCUGCAUCAAGGACGUGGCCAUCAAGGAGCCGCUGGUGGACGUAGUGGAUCCAAAGCAGCUGGUCACCAACGCCUGCCUCAUCAAGGAAGUGGACAUCUACACGGUGAAGGUGGAGGACCUGACGUUCACCUCGCCCUUCUGCCUCCAAGUGAAACGCAACGACUACAUCCACGCGCUCGUAGCGUAUUUCAACAUCGAGUUCACCCGCUGCCACAAGCGCACGGGCUUCUCCACCAGCCCCGAGUCGCCCUACACCCACUGGAAGCAGACGGUGUUCUACAUGGAGGACUACCUGACGGUGAAGACAGGCGAGGAGAUCUUCGGCACCAUCAGCAUGAAGCCCAAUGCCAAGAACAACCGGGACCUGGACUUCACCAUCGACCUGGACUUCAAGGGCCAGCUGUGUGAACUGUCCUGCUCCACGGAUUACCGCAUGCGCUAGCCCCCCAUGUCCCCCCCCAUCGCGCUGUGUGCCCCUCCGUGGCAGGCCCAGAGCCGCGGGCGCCUGGGGCCCUUCUCAUGGCCAGGGGGGCGCAGAGCUGCCACUGACUCCCCCCUCCCUGCGUGGCCCUUGGGGGGGGGAGGAGGGAGUGUGACACUGUCUCCCUCCGCCCUGGGCCCCCCCCCACCCCUCCCUCCCGUCUGCUUUUAAACCAGCGACCCCCCCCAGUAACUAAGUACCUCACUACCCCCCCCUCCCACCCCGGGACACCCACAAGGGGCUCCGGGGCACGGCUGAGUCCCUCUACUCUGGGGGGGGGGCUGCCCUGUUUUUUAGCUGGGGGAGGGCAGGUCGGGGGGGCUAUGGGGAGGGUCCCCAGUUUGUGUUUUGCUGACGGUUCUGUCCCCCCCCCUUUUUACCCCUUCCCGGUUGACACAUCGUGACUGUUUCAUAAGUUAUGUUUUUAUAUGGCUACAUUCAUGAGAAAAUAAAGAGAUGAAACGGGGCCCCCGGCUGCCUGGGGAGGGUGGGGGGCCCCCAAA